AUGGGAACCUGCUUGGGCUCAGGGGACAUGCACUACCAAACUUUUGAUGGUCUGAAGUUUGACUUCCAGGGCACCUGCACCUACACCCUGGCCAAAUACUGUAGGAGUGACGCUACCCUGGAGCCUUUCACCAUUGAUGAGAAGAACGCCAAUAGGGGGAGCCAGGAUAUCUCCUUUCUGCGAGUGACCAACGUCUACAUCUAUGGGUACAACAUCUCCAUCUACAAGAGGGAAGUUGGCAAAGUCCGGCUAAACGGUGUGAUCACCAGUCUCCCGGUGACGCUGAAAGACGGUAAAAUCAGACUGUACCAGAAAGCCCUCAGCACUGUCAUGCAGACGGACGUUGGCCUCCGGGUGGGAUACAACAAGAACUGGCAUCUGGAAAUCACCCUCCCCAGCAGCUAUUAUGGUGCCAUGUGCGGUCUUUGUGGGAACUUCAACCAGAACCCAGAAGACGACAUGAUGUCCUCCGACGGCAUCAAAGUCUCCGCCAUCGUGGACUGGGUUGCCAGUUGGAAAGUCCAAGACCGGGACCCCUUUUGCUGGCAUUCCUGCCAAGAGAACUGCCUGACAUGUGAUGAGAGCAAGAGAGAUCUGUAUGGGGAUGACAGUCACUGUGGGGUGAUCAGUAAAGUAGCGGGAGGACCCUUCAGAGAGUGUCACUCCACGGUGAGCCCCGAAAAUGUCUUUGACAACUGCAUCUAUGACGUGUGUCUGAAUGAGGGGAACAAGACCAUUCUCUGUGUUGUGCUGGAGACCUACGCCGACACCUGCGGGGACCAUGGAGUCACUGUCUAUGACUGGAGGACACCGUCCAGCUGUGAUGAAUCUGGAAGUUGGUAUUCUGACGAAACAGGUGGCAAUGGGACUAAUCUGACAGUUUCCCCUGUUGAUGGAGGAGAUGAAACCUGCAAUGCCCUGAAAUGCCGAACCAAGGAGACAUGCAAGACAGAGGAUGGCCACGCGACAUGUGUUCCUGACUAUGUGGGAACUUGCUGGGGCUGGGGGAACCCGCAUUAUCACACCUUUGAUGGCCUGACGUUUGACUUCCAGGGCACCUGCACCUACACCAUUGCCAAGUACUGUGGCCACGACCGCUCCCUGGAGCACUUUACCAUCGAUGAGAAGAAUGAUAACAGGGGCAGCCAGGCCAUCUCCUUUCUACGAGUGACCAACAUCUAUGUCUAUGGGUACAACAUCUCCAUCUACAAGAGGGAAGUUGGCAAAGUCCGGCUAAACGGCGUGAUCACCAGUCUCCCAGUGACACUGUCAGAUGGUAAAAUCAGAGUGUAUCAGAGCGGCUUCCGCGCCAUCCUGCAGACGGACUUUGGUCUCCAGGUGGCAUACAACUGGGACUGGCAUCUGGUGAUCACCCUCCCCAGCAGCUAUUAUGGGGCCACGUGUGGCCUAUGUGGGAGCUUCAACCAGAACCCUGAAGAUGACAUGACGUCAGCCAGCGGCACCAAAGUCUCCUCCAUCGUGGGCUGGGCUGCCAGUUGGAAAGUCCAAGACCGGGAUCCUUUUUGCUGGGAUUCCUGCCAAGAGAACUGCCUGACAUGUGAUGAGAGCACAAGGGAGCUGUACAGGGGCGACAGUCACUGUGGGUUGAUCAGCAAAGCACCGGGAGGGCCCUUCAGAGAGUGUCACUCCAGAGUGAACUCCAGUGAGUUCUUCAAUGGUUGCACCUAUGACGUGUGUCUGAACAGGGGCGCUACGAGAAUCUUGUGCCAGGCGCUGGAGGCCUACGCAGCAACCUGCAGAGACCACGGGGUCACCGUCCAUGACUGGAGGAUGCCAUCUGGCUGUGCCCUGCCCUGCCCUGAGAACAGCCACUAUGAGGCCUGUGGGAACGCCUGCCCGGCCAGCUGCUCUGACCGAACUGCCCCCUCCUCCUGCCGGGAGCCCUGCGUGGAGACCUGCCAAUGUAAUGAUGGUUACGUCCUCAGCACUGAUAAGUGCGUCCCCCUGGAGAGCUGCGGCUGUGACUACAACAGCCACUACUACAAACUCAGUGAGGAGUUCUGGGCCGAUGAGAACUGCCACUCUCGGUGCAGGUGUGACUCCAGCCUGGGCACAGUGGUUUGCAGGAAGACCAGUUGCAAGGCCAAAGAAAAAUGCUCCGUGGUCAAUGGGGUCCGUGGCUGCCAUGCAAUCAGCUACUCCACCUGCAUAGGUACUGGAGACCCUCACUACACCACCUUUGAUGGGAAGAAGUAUGAUUUCAUCGGCACCUGCAUCUACCAGUUUGCGGCUCUCUGCUCCGAGGACCCCACACUCACCCCAUUCAGUGUCAAAGUGGAGAACAACAACCGAGGCAGUAAGGCCGUGUCCUUCACCAAAACAGUGACUUUAGAUGUCUACAACAUGACCAUCAGUUUGAGCCAGGAGCAUCCACGCAAGAUCCAGAUCAAUGGUGUCUUUGUGGCCCUGCCCUUCUCCCAUCAGCACAAGUUCAAGGCCUACAUCAGUGGAGUCCAUGGCUUUAUCCAGACUAAUUUCGACCUGAGAGUGAGCUUCGACUGGUACAGCUACGCCAGGGUCAUCAUACCCAAUACGUACGCCAACGCUGUCUGCGGCCUCUGUGGCAAUGCCAAUCAGGACCCCAGCGACGAUCUGACCAUGAAGGAUGGAACUCAGACAUCUGAUGAGAUUCAGUUUGCUGACAGCUGGAAGGUGGGGGAGGUCCCAGGGUGCUCGUCUAGUUGCACCGGGGACUGCUCAGUCUGCAGUGAGGCUCAGAAACAACCCUAUAAGGGAGACCAGUACUGUGGGGUCCUCACCCAACAGAACGGGCCAUUCAGAUGGUGCCACGGGGCUAUCGACCCAGCUCCCUUCUUUGAUGAUUGUCUCUUUGACACCUGCCAAUACAAGGGUCACCAGGACACACUGUGCAGCGCAAUCAGCACCUACGUCACAUCCUGCCAGGCCAGGGGCAUCCAGAUAGGGCAGUGGAGAUCGCCCUCAUUCUGCAGACCCACCUGCCCCCUUAACUCUCACUACGAACUCUGUGGAAUUAGCUGCCCUUCCAACUGCAACGACCUGUGGGCUCUAGAUCAGUGUGACAAACCCUGUGCUGAAGGGUGUUUCUGUGAUGCUGGAUUCACCCUGAGUGGUGACAAGUGCAUCCCUGUCGCACAGUGUGGCUGUGUGCACCAGGCCAUGUAUUACAAGAAGGGAGAGGAGUUCUACCCCAGCGCCUCCUGCCAGGAACGCUGCCUUUGCAAAGACAAUGGGGUCGUUGCGUGCCAGAAGGCCUCCUGUGGAGCCAAUGAGGAGUGCAGGGUGGAGAACGGAGUCCUGGGCUGCCAUGCCACGGGCUAUGGAACAUGCGUCGCAUCUGGCGGAUCUCACUACAUCUCCUUUGACGGACGGGCCUUUGACUUCCAGGGCUCCUGCACUUACACCUUAGCCAAGGUCUGCAGCAGAGACUCUGGACUGGAGAACUUCUCCGUGGUGGUGGAGAAUGAGAGCCCUGGAGGUGGCCACAUGGCUGUGACAAGGACGGUGGUGGUCUCCCUACAUGAUUACACCAUCGCCAUGGAGAGUGGGAGGAAGUGGAAGAUUGUGGUGGGUGGUGAGCUCUACACCCUCCCACUCACUACGGAUGAUGGGAAACUUUGGAUCAACCAAGAGGGGAACAACAUCAUUGUCCAAUCAGCCUCUGGUCUCAAAGUCUUUUACGACACUGCCUCCUACCUCCUACUGUCCGUCCCCAGCACCUAUAAGGGACAUGUGUGCGGCUUGUGUGGCAACUUUAACGAUGACAAGAACGAUGAUCUCCUGCUGCCCGGUGUGAAGAGUACCCAGAAUGUGGAUGAAUUUGUCGCCUCCUGGAAGGUGCCUGUUGAUGGUGCCACAUGCUCUGAUGGCUGUGGUGAGAAGUGCCCCAUCUGUGAUGCAGCCCAGACAGCGCCGUACCAGACUGAGAGCUCCUGUGGGCUGAUCCCGGCCACCUCAGGUCCCUUCAGAGACUGUCACUCGAUAGUCAGUCCUGUUGAGUACUUCAACCACUGUCUCUAUGACAUGUGUGCCACCAACGGAAGGGGAGAGACUCUCUGCCGGAGCCUGCAGGCCUAUGUGGCUGCGUGCCAGGCAGCUGGGGCCAAGAUCGAGACCUGGAGAACGGCCUCCUUCUGCCCCUUCGCCUGCCCGGCUAACAGCCACUACGAGCUGUGUACCAGAUCCUGCGAUUUCACCUGUGCCAGCUUGUUUGCCCCUGCCCAAUGCACCGGGAAGUGCUUUGAAGGCUGCUGGUGUGAUCCAGAAUAUGUGUCCAAUGGGGAGGCAUGCGUCUCCAUGGACAGGUGUGGCUGUGUGCACAACGGAUGCUACAUCAAGGUGGGUGCUGGCCUUGUGUCCAGCAACUGCUCCGAGAAUUGCACCUGCCACGCUUCAGGCGAGGUCAUCUGUGAGGAAACAAACUGUACCGAAGAGGAGAAAUGCAUGCUCAGGAAUGGGGUGCGCAGCUGCGUGAAGCAGGUGGGCCGGUGCACGCUGGCCCCAGGAAUAUGGUUCACCUCCUUUGAUGGUGUCGAGAGGGAAGUCCUCCUUGACGGGGCCUACGAGGUGUCUUCCCUCUGUGAAGGGGUCGACCUCCCCUGGUUCCGGAUGGUGGUCAGUGUGUUCAGAGAAGGUGGCUUGGCCAUUCCUGAUGGCAUCUCCGUUUUCUUCGGCGAGGAUCUUAUCCAUGUCAAUAAGAAAAAGGAGAUUUGGGUGAGAGGGCACCAAAGGCAGCUCCCAGUGAACGUAUCCAGAACCUUGUCUGUAAGUGAGUCUCAGGGCACCAUCAUGAUUGUUCAGGGCUCUAGAAUAAAGAUUCUGUUCAGCCUGAGCGGGGAGGUGACAGUGACAGUCAGCGAGAGCCUGGCUAACAAGCUGUGUGCACCUUGCGGGAACUUCAACGGCGACAUCUCCGAUGACCUGCGGCUGCCCAGCGGGCAGGUUGUGGGGAACAUCACGGACAUGUUUGAAGCUUGGAGGGCGCGAAACCUCUCAAGAAGAUCCAAUGCGGCCCUGAAAGAGUGA